UUGUGAAAUAAAUUUAUGGCGUUGAUUAGAUCGAGCGAGCGACCACUAAAGGACCGUGAAGCUUUGUUAGAAAGCCACAAAGAUGGGUAUCGAAUCAAAUCGCAGCAGAGGAAAGAUGGGUUGGUGGCUAAGAGUUGGCUUAUGACCGCCGACGACAGAGGUAUGGGUGGCUACGACGAUGAAAUGGGUUAUGACCCUAACCCGAAACCGAAGAUGCAUAUGAAGGGAGGCAAAAUUGGGGAAGACUGUGAAGCAGUGGAAUGUGAAGAUUAUCUCAAUUAGUAAGAACAAACGGCAUCAAGAUAGAGCUGCAGCAUUAGAGGUGUGGGAUAGACUCGAAGAGUUUGUGCGGUCACGUUCUCAUUCUUGAUGUGAACCAAGUUUAGGCGAGAAGACUGUACAUUACUCAUGCAUUUUGUUUUGUGCAUUUGGAAAAUACCAAUUUUUGUAUUUGUUUUUAAUUAAAAGGAUCACCAACAAAUUUUAUUUUAGUCAGAAAACCACCAAAGCAAAGUUUAUUGAAAAAGUAAUUAUUAUUGAUUUGAAAUAUUUCCUUUUUAUUUAUUUUUUUAAAAAAUAUUUAUAUAACUGGUAGUUUCC